UACGUCAGCGUCCCGGCUUCCCACUCGCUCUAGAUAUAAUCCUCCACGCUGGUUACGAGUAUCUCCUGCUGGAUUCCCCUCGUUGGAAUCGUCUCCAUUGUUUAGAUGAUGGACACCGUCAGUACCGUGAUCUCGUGACUCCGGAAAGACGCUCAUUAACUCGGCGUAAUGAGUUCCUCGAAAGAGCCCAGAGGAAGCGCGAAGGGUCGACGCGUCCUGCGGUACCUCUGUUACUCCGUAGUGGCAAUGUUUCUGUCAACCUCGAUCGUGCUCUAUGAUAUCACCAAUGGUGGCCCAUGCUUGGAGUUGAUAACCCCCCUCGUGGACUACGCGCUCCCAAUUAUGGACGAUCCGGACCUCGGAAAAACUGUGGCCGAUCUCGCCCGGAGCAAAGGUUUUCAUUUCGAGUCUCACGAAGUGACCUCGGAAGACGGAUACAUAAUCGAGCUCCACAGAAUUUUCGACCCCAAAUUCAAAGCAAGACGACCCCCAGUUGUUGUCGGCCUUCCACUAUUCCUCAGCUCAGCGGCCAUCAUGUCGGACUUCAGGAACAACACGCCAGCCUACAUUUUCGCUGACCACGGUUUCGAUGUCUGGCUCACGAACGCCCGCGGCAACAGAUUCGCUCGUCGUCACCUCAGGCUCGACCCGGAGCGAGAUAAGCUCGACUUCUACGAUUACACCUUCGUCGAUAUCGGAGAGUUCGAUCUAUCCGCUCAGAUCGACUACGUUCUGGAAGCUACAGGGGAGAAAAAGGUGUUCUUCGUCGGAAUGUCUCAGGGUGCCGCAUCCUUAUUUGCUCUGCUGAGUAGACGACCCUCGUACAAUGAUAAAAUUGAAGCCAUGGUAUCGUACGGGGGAUUCCGGAGCAUCUGCUUCACGUUCAAUCGCGCAGUGCAAGUCAUUGACUUUCUGACGUGGCCGGUGACGGACCUACUUCUGAAGUUCGAAGCCCUCGCAUUGGUGGGUCCUCAUUCUUCGUCGAUGGUGGAUCGGGUUUGCGCUCGAGCGAGCACUCUCUGUGGCUUAUUCUUCAAUUACGCCCUCUUCAGCUCUCAUCACUACCUCAAUGUUACGCGCUUUGGAGUCUAUAUGGAGCACAUGCCAGCGGGAACGUCUCUGAAGAACUUCGUGUAUUUCGGUCAGAGUCGAGGAAUGAACUGCGAUGGCUCAGUGCGAGAGUUCGAUUACGAUCGUGGACUCUUCACCCGAUUGCUUUUGUAUCUCAAUCUGAGGACCUCCAGGAACAUGGACCGCUACGGCAGCGAGGAGCCCCCCGUUCUGGAUCCGAACAGAAUAAGAAUCCCAAUCAAGUUGUACUUCAGCGACGGAGACGACUUGGUUCCCAUACAGGAAACAAUGAAAAUAGCAGAGGAUAUUGGAAUACCCGCCGAGAACAUCCAUCGCAUCGACGACGAUCGCUUCUCCCACCUAAACUACAUCUUCAACAAGAGACGCAAGGAUUACGUUAUUCAUUCGAUCGACUUCUUCAAAGGGAUCAAAACUCCAUGGCCCUUGGAGAAUCCCCCUGGUCACAGCGACGGCGACCCGUGAUUCCGGUCCGAUCCGAGUCGAAGAGACUCUGUUGAGACCCCGAUAUACAAAUGACGUGUCUGAUCGUCAAAUCACGGGGAUUGCGUGAUAGCAUAAGUCGACCAAUGAUUCUGAACGAGGAUGCUGGAAAUUCAUCUCAACAUCAUAAACCAUGUAAUUUAUUUGUUUCCUUCACAAGGAGAUCCGCUCGUUGAUUCUCUCCUUACUUUCCACCCAUACUGCUGCAGAUCACAGGAUAAAAUGAGGCUUCCACUUCGAGUACCUGAUUCAGUCAGCUGGCUUAUGUACAAGAUAUCCAUAAACUAAU